AGAAAGAGUGUCAAGAUGGCGUCUGAGGUUUGUUACGUAGUGUCCAGAUUAUAUGUGAUUUUGGUGAUAUUUUUGAAGAAUACUGAAAACUGAUUGUCUUCCUAUAAAGCUUGAUGACGCUGCUGUGGAGAAAGAUAAAGAAUUGCGACAGAAAAGGGUACAGUAUUAUAUUAUUGCGUUGGUUUGAAGAGUAAAAAUCAGUACGUUUUGCACCGUCAUCCCAUCAAAUUUUACGUAUCUUUUCUCGAUAGAUCAACACUGCAGUGAAGUUUCUUCAAAAUCCGAAAGUAAGGGAAACUCCAGUGCCAGCACGUAAAGCGUUUCUUGAGAAGAAAGGUAUUGAUAACGUUACGAAAUCACAAUGUAAUGACCGUGGUGCUGCUGUUGUAUGCUAAGUUUUCUGCCUAACAUUGACUGUAUUCAGAUGAAGUACAGAAGAGAGGUCUGGUCACUAAACGUUAGUGACAAAAAAAAUACACACUCCUAAUUUUUUUUUUUCAUAGGAUUGUCCAAAGAUGAAAUAGAAGAAGCGCUUAGAAUAUCAGGAACAGCAACUGAUGAGGUAAUAAUGCUGAUUGCAAAUUUAUUUAUUUUGGUAUCAUUUUGUCUAGCAUCAGUCAAAGCAAAACUCUUUAAAUUUUUUUGGCGUACGUUAUCCUUUGUACUUUAGAUAUCAGGGCCAUCAAAUCCCCCACCUCCAUCUCCGAGAGGUACCAAGGUUCCACCUUCAGGGUGAGUUAACAAUUUUUUAAUGGUUACUUGUUUGGUAAAUUUAAUUUGUAUAUUUCCAUGCUAUCCUUUCUCUUUCGAGAUUGUUGCUAUAGGUGAGGUGUAUUUUUAUGUUGUGAUCAAUCUUUAACCUUUCCAAGAUCUGAUUGUUUAUUCUUCCCUUAAGCUGGUUAACACAUGUCCUUGUAAAUUGUUCACGAUAAUUUGAUUUUAGAUCAAAAUAAAGACAUCACCCUGAUACAUUUGAUUAAUCUCAUUACCUGUUUGCUGGAAAAAGUAAGGAUAUUAAAGGGAGAGGUUACAUUUCAAUAACCUUUGGGAGUUAAGCCUUUAACUCCCAUGGGUGACCAAGACACCUCCAGGAAGUGUUACUGUAUAUUUACAAUAUCAAGCAGAUAAGUCAAGAGAAGAAAGAAAAAUAUCAAUGAUGGGACUAGUUGUUGAUUGAACAACAAAUUCUUGAAACUAACAUCAUAAGAAUUGUAUGGCAGAUAGUAAUGAGGAUUAUUAAUCAGAUCUUGGGAGUGAAAGGGUUUAAGGGUGAAUGUACUAAUGUGUAUAAUGUAUUGUUGUUUUUAAGUAUCUUUCAAAAAUGAUGUUUAAACUAUGUAUUUUACCAGUCACGCCUCAGGGCUGCCUCUACCUCCAAUGCCAUGGAGAAGUUAUGUUGGAGCUGCCAUCUUAGGAGGAGGAAUUGGAUAUACACUAGCUCAUCUUUUCAAGGUAAAUCCACAAAUCUUAUUUAAUUACUUACUACUGUAAAAUUUAAGUCACCUCUCCUUGGAAAUAGAAUAUUGACAAAGUCCUUCAAUUAUGUACAAUUUUAAGUCACCUCUCCUCAGAAGUAGAAUAUUAACAAUGUCCUCAGUUCAAGGAUUUUUUUCUCUUGCCCAAUUUUUUUUUUAUUUUUAGAAAUAAUUUGCAAUAACAUAAACUUUUAGAUGUUAAAAAUAAUUUUUGGGUACUAAUUGCAGUACCGCCUAAACCAUAGAGACAUUGUUCACAGGUUACAUUCAGGGAACAUGCAUUUACUCCAUGCAUACCACCUAGUGGUGAAAACAAAAAUUUCUCCCUUCCCCAUGCAUUGCCCAAGGGGGGAAGGCAAGGUUCAAGCUUUAAAUUUAUCAGCGCAUUAUGCCUUUUGGGUUCAUGGGUUCUGAUGUCCUUUGGUUUCAGUUAGUGCUGUUGGUCACCAGCUUUUUCUGUUAAAAAAUAGAAUUAAUCGUUGUGGCACAAUUAUGUCCUUUUUAUAGACAUUUGUUCUGCCAUACUUUUACCACACAAAAAGUAAAGAGGAAGAGAAACUGGAGAAAAUAGAAACUACUGUGACAGAACUAAAAGGCAACAUGGAAGGGAGAGGUACAUAUGUAUGAACUUGGACAUUUCAUCAAGAUCCAAUGAAAUUUGAUCCUAACCCUAACCCAUCAUUCACUCAACUUUGUUCAUCAAAAAUGACUUAAAGAAUGUAUUAAACUGGUUGUGUUCUUUUGUUGUAAAUGAAUUCUACAUUGUUCAUGAAGGGAUAUGUAGUUCACUAGUUUCUAACUGAAACUAGUUUGGUUUACUCCAUUUCUAUUGGUUUAAUGCACAAUUUAAUCAGUAGAUUUCAUUAAAUCAUAGACCAAGUCAAUAGGAAAAAGAAAUUGUCCAAAACAAAUGUAAUAAUCUAUAGUAUAAAUAAAAAAUUCAAUUUAGAUCACAACAGAAAACAGGUAUAGCUAACAUUUGUUUCUAAUUUUUCUUCUUUUCUUUUUAUUUAAGUACAAAAAAGCUUGGAAUCUGUGGAGGUGAGUGAUACUUAUAUUUAAAAUUGGGUAACAUGUUCUCUUACAAGUUCAAAAUAGCAUUCAACUCAGUAAAACUUGUUGGCAAGUUAUAGAUGACUGUUGAAUUUUUCAUGGCUGACUAUCAAAUGUGCAUCAAUAGGAGUCUAUUUGUUUCCCUUAUUACCAACCUCAUCUUCUCCACACACAGUUUAUAAUUUUUUAAUUGUUUGUAGGGUCUGCUUGAGCAACAGCAAAACAAACUUCAAAGUUUAGCUCUUGACCUAGCUUCCACUCAGGUAAUUCAAGAAAAAGUUCACUUAAUAUUGGUAAUAUUUAUUUUUUAACUUUAAUUGAUUAAAGCAGAUCAUAUCACAGAGCAUUAGCCAGGGUAGAGAGUUAUGAGAAACCUUGGUGCAUCUAAAGGUUGUGGCCCUCUUUCCUAAGCACUCUGUCCCUGUGUCUCUUGUAGUAGGAUGUGUCUGAUCACAAGUGUUUCAUAUUUUCAGAAUGGGGAAUGGUAAACAAUAAUUAAGCCCCUGGUUUUGGCCCUAUACAUGGCAGAGUGGUCAUAUAAGUAGAGCGGCUUUUUGCCAAAAUAGUAACACAGUAAUAGCUGUUAUGCAAUUAACUGAUAAAAUUCGGACAAAAAUUAAUGACUUCUACAAGGGUAAGCAUACAAGAAAAAAAAAAAAAAAGAAAAAAGGCAAGCAGGCAACAACAACAAAAUUAAUGUAUCAGUUUUUUAAAUGUACUUUACAGCUGUAUCUCUGAGAGAGAGAAAAAAAACAACUUUUGGUUUGGAAAAAUUAAAAAAUGUAUAUAAAUGUAAUCUUUAUUCUUGGCUCUUUCUGUAAAUUUAAACUUGUGAUGAUCCUUCCCCUAUAUCCAUAACACAAAGCACUCAAACUGUUUGACUCCUGUGUCUUUUUUUUACAGUCUAAGGUGGCCCUGUUACCAUCUGAAAGUUAUACUGUUGGGGAUUUGAAAGGGGAGAUUCUUUCACUGAAAGGUCUUCUCCUGAACAGGUGAGCAGAACACAAACAAGUUACUGGUAGUGUAAUCAUGAAAUAUUGAAUUUUCUAUUUGUGAAUUUGUUACCCUUUUAACUCCUUACACCCUGACAUCAGUGUCCAUUUUCUCCAAACUCUUCUCUAUACAUUUCCUUUGACACCGGCAAGGAGAAUUUGUGUAACAAUCAAAGUUUCUUAGGUUGGUGAUCAUUUCCUUUAUUCUCAUGAUGUCAAAGAAUCAUUCAGUAGUAUUACUAAAAGGAGAAAUUAGAUGCUGGUCACUGUUAGAGAUUAAUAGUGUCCUCAUUGUACUCAGUUAGACUGAACAUGUACAUGUAAAAGCAUCAAGGGAUUACUCCCAGAGAAAUGCCUUCAACUGAAUAUUAAAUCUUGUUUUGUGUAGGAAACAGUUCCCAUCUCCAGUGAUGGGCUCCACCCCAGGUGCUCCAAGCAUUCCAGCAUGGCAACGGGCUGUUACUUCAACAGAACGAACAAGGACAACUUCUUCCUUAGCUGACUCAUCUGAAAUGCCUGUUUCCACUGAGUCAUCAGACAGCAAAGAGUUGUCCAAAGUUUCUUCUUUUGAGCAAAGCGCUAUGAAUGGUAGGUCUGAUUUUUUUACUCAAAUCUUUGUGUAUUCAAUUUUGCACUUGACCUGGAAAAUUGAGUGUUUGAUAAAGAUUUCAAGUAUGCUACUUUCAGUUGAAUUCUCUUAAAUCUCAAUUUGCUGUAGCAGGGGUGAUGAAAAUAAUUGUUCCAUAAGGCAAUCUGUUGUAGAGAUUCAUGGCUAGUAUGUUGUCUGAGUUUUAACAAGGGCUUGAUGUCAUUAUGGUGUGUUCAUGAGCUAGACACUUCUCUCUUAUGGGUGCUUCUCUCCUCCCAGGAAUAAAUAAUUGGUAACAGAAAAUCUUGAGGAAAUGCAUGGUAGUCACUUCAAGUUACAAUGCUCCCACCUCCCAUGCAAGGCAAACUGUGUAUGCUCCAGGGAUAUGCACGACAAUGUUUGCAGCACCUUUACCUUCCAUAAGGAGUAUCCCUUAACUCUGAUUGAAAGAUUAAGAGAUUUAUUUGCACUAUAUUUUUUUUGCUUCAGGUGAGUUAUCCAAACAUUUUGACAAUGUUGAAAAAGGGGCUAGUAUAGAAACACAUGACGUUGUGACUUUAGAGGAUAGUCCUGCCAACCAAAGUGGUACAUCUAGUAGUGGAACCGAAUCUGCCACCACACCCAAGACUGUAGUUGCAGCAAAUGAGUUAAGUCUCAAUGAUGCCAUGCUUAAUGACACAAGUGUUAUUAGUUCAGAUGGAAGCCUUUCCUCAAUGUCAGAUUUAUCAGGGAAUACUUCUUUCCAUGAAAAAUCUAUUGCAUUUUCCUCCACUUGCAUCAAGGCUCCAUCUGAUCUGGCUUUGCGUUCAGAUUCAACUGUUGAAUUUGGGGAAGGUGUAAAUGACUCAGCUGGUGUCAUGACUGCGCAAUAGGGAUUCAUUGUGGAAGUGACAACUCCAUCUUUGGAAGUGAGUCGCAGAUAGGGGCUUCUAACAGAGUGAUUGUGGAGCCUACAAGUAAUUUUAUCAAAGUGAAAAUCAUGGCAGAUGACAUUUGAUCAUGUUCUGGAGAAGGUCUUUAUCAGCAUCUGGAGGGAAAUUUUGAUAUGAUUCAACUGAAAACAAGCUGGUCUGAAAUUUGUGGACAGCAAGUUUGGGUCUCAUCCUAAUUAUCAGUAAAGAAACUACAAUGUGGAUCUACAGCUUUAGUAAGCCGUAACACCCAAAAACCGAAACUUGUACUGAGCUGGUUGGAGGGUGUUUUAGUUUGGUUCUAGUUAUGUUCACAUGAACUGAUGUGAGCCAUAACCAUUCAGUUUGGUGCUUGGAGGGGAGUGGAAGGGGACAGGGGUUACUCAAUCAAUGUUAGCAUACAGGAAUUGCUGCCAUGAGCUUGAAACAUUAAACUCUAAAUUUAGAGUUUAGGACGGGUGUUGAAUGACUCUUUUGUCAAAAGAUUGUCCUAAAACAGUUUUUUGAAAAAACAUCUCUUUUCAUAAAACAUCAAUCAGGUCAUUCUGUGUCAACAAUCCUCAAACUAUACCAUGUUUGAAUUCCAUGUGGGAGCACUCCCUUUAUUUACAACAUAGAUAUUACUGUUGUUAUUACAAUGUACAAGAUGAGAUUCCCAGUAUGAGAACUCAAUAAAAGUUGAUUU